CCGAGAGUGCAAAAAAUCUCCAACCGACAGCUGCGAGCGCAAAUUCGCGAGCGGAGAAAUUCAUGUUCGCGAUACUGACGUUCGAUUCAUUCGUGCACUCCGAGCGCUCUUCGGGCCAGAACGAUGAGACAGACGCGAUGGUAAUUCGAUGUCAUUGGAGCAGGAAGGCGAGAGCGCGGAAAGUGCAGAGGCGGAACGGGAGUGCAGACGAGUGCAGCUCCACUCGAUCCGCGACAGACGUACGCGCGUGGUACGGGCGGAAGGAGGCAAGAAGCGACUCGAGGAAAAAGUGCGGGCGGUGCGAUAAGGGCACACGUAUAUGCGUGUAUGUGUGUGUGUGUGUACGCGCACGAAAUUCGCGUGUUUCGCAGUUUGGCGGCCCUGAUUCGCGAUCGACGUCGUCGUCGUCGCGUUGACGCCAAGUGUUGCAAUCAGCUGCGGCGUGCGUGCGCGAUCGCGAUCUCACGGAUCUCUCUCUCUCUCUCUCUUUUUCCUUCUCACUCCCCUUCUCCCUCCGUCUCCUUCUUUCUCCGUCGACGACGAAAUCGUCCCGUAUAGCUCUCGCGCACUCGACUCGCACGUCUCGCUCGCUCGUUCGCGAGAUCGCCGUCGAUACUGUCUCAAUCGCACGCACGCACGCUUCGCUCCGCUUCUACUCGCGAGAACCCGAUACGAUAUCGAGCAACGGUGGGUUCGCGCGUGAUACACUCGAGGAUACACGACGACGACGACGACCGUUGCGCCUCUCGACGUCGCGGUAAGGCCGACGAGGAGCGGGAGAUGCACCGUCGUGGCCGUUAAUCGACGAGAAGGCCGCGCGGGUCGAUGAGGACGACGAGCAGCAUCGGGCAGCGUCAGCCACGUCAGAAUGCAGGCGAACGACGAGGCCUACGAUAAGAAUCCCGCCGCGGAGGACAUCCGCGUCUCGUUCGCCGAGGAUGACGACGAGGCGGACCGCGCGUCCACCUCCGGCGAGAAAUCGCCCGCGGAACCAGCCCCGUCCACCCUCGACGACGACUACGGCUGUGAGCACUACAAGCGGAAGUCCAAGUUCGUGACUCCAUGCUGCAACAAGGUGUACACAUGCCGAUUUUGUCACGAUGAGCAAGAGGCGCAUACGGUGAACAGGAAAGAAGUGACGGAAUUGAUAUGCGUCCUCUGCGACACCCGUCAGCCCGUACAAGCCACCUGUCAAAAUUGCCAUUGCCGAUUCGGCAAGUACACAUGUCUCGAAUGCAAUCUCUUCGACGACGAGGAUAAGAAUCAGUACCAUUGCGACGGUUGCGGCAUAUGCAGGGUCGGUGGUCGCGACAGAUUCUUUCACUGCGCCAAGUGCAAUAUGUGUUUGCCGGUUCAGCUGCGGAACGGACAUACGUGCAUCGAGAACGUGUCGCACGCCAACUGUCCGGUGUGCCUCGAGGAUAUCCACACGAGUCGCAUACCCUGUCACAUUCCCGACUGUGGCCACUUACUCCACCGCACGUGCUUCGAGGAGCUGCUGCACUCCGGCCACUACGCUUGCCCGACGUGUCAAGUAUCGCUCCUGGACAUGACCGACCUGUGGAAGUUCCUGGACACGGAGGUAUCGCUGACGCCGAUGCCGGAAGAAUAUCGUGACUACAAAGCCGAUAUCCUGUGCAAAGAUUGCCACGAGGNCCGUAGAACCCCCCCCCCCCCACAAAGUUCUGUGAGAAAUUCCCUCUUCCCGAGGGAAGGAUCACCAGGCGCUAACAGCGAAUUAUCAACGUUGUUUCAGGAAUCCACGGUAAAGUUUCACGUGGUCGGGUUGAAAUGCUUAAACUGCGGCAGCUACAACACCUGCAGAGUGAAAGGCUCCCCUUCCCCAGACCCGGACACGUCGAACGAAGCGGCCGGCGGUAGUAGCACGGGCGAGGAAGAGCAAUCCUCCAGUAAGUAAGGCCAAAGUUCAAGGUGUUGUCCACGAAACGGAUCCGUCGAUCGAUCGGUCGAUUGAUCGUGGAUCGGUCGGGAAUGGCAGCGAAAGCGCGGAGGAAGAUCACGCAUACACACAUACACUUAUAGACGACACCGAAAGAGUAUUUGUACUUUAGACGAAUAUUACUCUUUCUAAUGUUUUUUGUAGCGAAUUGCAUUUUUAUUCGUACUCUAAGGUGGUAACUCACCGACGUGACCGAGUAUUUGUUUGGCCGAAUGCAGGUUACGAGUACGUGAAACAAAUGAAAAAACAAAAUCAAGGAAAGACGAACUACCAUUGUUUUAAUGAGCGAUGACGACGUCGUCGAAAUUGAUAGUUAAUUAUUUUUUAGCGAUUAUUUGUGAUACGCUGUAAUACAAUUCUCUAGACAUCCGAGCGGACGCGGGUCGCUUCGUUUACGCGGGCCUCUCGCUGACGAAGGUGAAGCUUAGACGCGCCCGUUCGUCGCGAAUCGCGAUUGACGAAGAGCGCUAACGAUGCGAUCGGCGUCCGCGGAUAAUUCAUAUCUCCUUUACGCGUGCAUCAUGUUUGCGACGCUACGAUCGUCGAAGGAGCACGAUCGCAAUCGCUAUUGUUAGUUAGUUUUUCGACGUUUUUAUCACACACACACACACACGCACAUAUAUAUAUAUUUAUAUAUGUGUGUGUGUGUGUCGGUCAUCCCGGACUCGUCGCGCGAGUUCCAGCCGUGCGUUCUCGAGUGCACUUUCGAAGUCGCGGGUUUUCUUGGCGAAAUUAUGACAUUCGGCAAAAAGACCUGGUGUCUCAUCUCUCGUCUCUUCUUCGUUUCUCGAAUUUGCAACGUUAACCCUUUGCGGUCCGAAUUGUUUUCGACUUUCCUCCUCGACCCGUAAAAGUUUACACUUACUCGGCAAUAACGUUGUCUAGAUUUUAAUGUUUCGGUAUAUGUGUUAAUUUCAAUAUUGAUACAUGUAUUUAUAUGCAUUUUAAUUUAAAUGCCUUAGUUGAUUACCUAGUAAAUAUCAACCAACGGUAACAUUACAUCAAUAUUAUAAUUUCCCACUCAACAGUAUAAGUGUAAUAUAACACGUGUUAUAUACGUUACAGUUACAUUGUCGAAUGAGAAACUUAUAAUAUUGAUAUAAUAUUGCUGUUGGUUGGUGUUGACUGAGUAACGUAACAACAUAUUUAUAGUUGUAUAUUUGUAUUGACUGCAUAUUAUUAAUGAUUAGAUAGUUGGUUUGUAGAAUUGACUAAAACGAGACGCGAUAUCCAGGUAGACUCAACAAAGGAUUAUACAUGUCGCGGUAGUUCAUUUGGAAUUUGGAAAAUACCGACUACAUUCAACACGUUCGCUGCCAACUACGAAUAUACUCGUAUGUCGAUUUGACUUCUUAUGCCAAGCACGAGUUAAUCCGCAAUAUAAACACGUUAAUUUGAACCCUUGGCUUGUGAAUAAAGCGGAGCGCACGUAUGGGGGCUUGGUAGAAGGAAAAUCAUUUCAGCAAAAGUAUAAUAUAUUAUAAAUAAUCAUAUAUUCAUAUUUAUCAUAUAUUAUAAAUAAUCUUUCUUUUACUAGCCGUGGCGUAACUGAAAAUUUUUAUUUAGACUCUGACUCUGAACUCAAGUUGCAUUGAGAAUGAGAAUGAGAAGUUGCGAUACGAGAUUACUCGUAAUUGGCGUAUGAAAUAAAAUUCUGUCUGAUAAGCCAGCUACGAGAUAACUCGUACUGGCCCUGUAGAAGUGAAGAUGCUUGGCGCGCGGUAACAAACUAUGCCCGAGGAGCAUGGCAGCGAACGUGUUAAAUAACUAACUUAAAAUCGGUUCAGUAACAUGUGUGUAGCCUUCAUAUUAAGCCGAACAAAACCGACAAAUGCAACAAUUUCCGUUGUAGUAACUAUUGCAGUAUAAACAAUGACCAAGUUGACACGGUAAUCUAAGUAUCCUGAGUAUCAUACGGAUAAGAUAGUCUACGUUUACACAAUCAGCAUAAAAUUGAUCCGAUAAGUCUCGAUGUUGUAAUUACCAGUGUUAUAUAUAUACAUAUAUAUACGUAUGUCAUAUAGUAUAGUUAUAAUUGUUUAUACGACGCAAGACACUAAUAGUUGCAUCAGGAAUCGUUAAAUCGGUUUCACGCUGGUCAUGUAAACGUAGUGUCACGCGCAUUGAACUAAAGAACAUACUGAGCACUGGUGUGGUGGGAGUCUGGCCUGUUAGGCUGUGCGAAAAAGUCCACGUCUAAGUAAUAUUUCGCUCUCUGUCUUACUAACAUGCUAUAUAAUCUACAUAGGCUAAGAUAAGACAAAGACAGACACAAACAGACAAAGACGGAAAUACUACUUAGAUACUACUUUCUCUCUCGGUACAGUCAUCCGCCAGAAACAAAGGCAGUGCUCAUUCCAGUAUGUUCUUUAGUUAAGUAGUUACGCAUGUUCUUAACCCCUUACGUGGCAAGUCCAUGUGGCGAGCAGUAUGAAAAAUGUGUUUAGGCCAUAUAUUGACUACCACUGAUAUGACUUAAAGUUUUUGAGAUCGCUGAUCACGAAUUUGAACUUAAACUUUGUAAUCAGUGAUAUAAAGAACUUCGUAAAAAAAAUAGGUUUCAUAACAUUCGGAUAAAUUUUGAUUUUCUGCCAAUCACAUUGGGUCCACCAUUCUGAAUGUGGAUAUUUUUAACCUUAAAUUUAGCAAACCAAAGAACUCUUAAAUACCGGGUUUCAAUCACGUAAGUUUUGAUUCUUUGGUCGCCAUAUUGGGUCCGCUAUUUAGAAUUUUGAUAUUUUGACCUCAAGUUUAUAUUCAGCUAGUUGAAAACCCGCUAAAUACCCGGUGUCUUCAGAAUCCGGUCAUUUUUUUUUUUUUGACCUGCCAUCAGGGGCACAAUAGUGAAAUUCUAAAUUGCCACGUGAAGGGAGGUUAAACCGUGUUUUACGCUACCCGUGUGAACGUGGUUACUGUGAUCAAAACUAUGAGGGAAGUCUCUCGAGAACGCUGAAAAAUUCAGCUCCAAGUCGCUCGGUAGAUCAAUUUUACGGACGGGGGUUCGCGCGGCGAGUCCUCGACGAUCCUCUUGCGUACGUAUAUAAUUUAUGCAUACUUCUCCUGUGUCUUAGCUAUACUUAUUCCCGAGAUAGCAACUGCGUCGAUUAGCUAAUUACACCUAAGAGAAUUGUUAAAAGAAAUCGUUGAAGAAACAACAAAAAAAGCACACAUCGACCGAGCCCUCAGGAAGAGAGGGGAGCGGAGGUGGGCGGAAUUCCGAGAAUGUUUCGGAGUUUCUCCGGUUAUCGAGGCAUUGUGGUACGGCGGUGUCACCCCAUCUCGAUGUAUUCUGCGCGCAAUGUACUCUCGCUCCGAUUUCACGGGAACGCUGCAGCUUCGCCGACGACACGCACCGUCCGAACCACGAUCUUUUCUCGCGCAAGUGCCGUCUCGUCGUCGCUUCUCCGAGGCUCGUCCGACUUCACACGCAGGGAUUCUAUCGUAUCGAGAUGCGGGCGCGAGAACGUCGACGGGCCUAACUAAUUGUAUUACUUCGACACUCGCAAAAAUCUCGACAGAAUCGUGCAGAAUCCGCAUAUACACACACACACACACACCUAGAGAGACAUGUGCGCGAGGCGAAGCUUGAACAAGCAAGACGACAAAUGAAAAUUGCCGUUUGUGCGUGCGAAUCGUCCUCGAGAAAAGUUCGCAUCUUAGUUAAAUGCGACACAUUCCGUUUCGUUUCCAAAAAGUCAAGAUCUCACUCUUAGUCGUAAUCUAGUCGAGGAGGAUCGAGCGCACUCGCCGCUCUCAUAUAAAGAUCUUUUCUCUCUCUCUCUCUCUCUCACACACAAACAUAUACACACACACACGCGCGCGUGCGCGCCGGGGUGGCACACGCCGAUGAUGCAAUAACGAGAUAUCAAUAUAGCGAAUAAUUGAGGGGGGGGAGGGGGCGAAGGAGGAGAAGAAAAAGCAUCUUCUCCAGGCGGAUAGUGAAGUAUCGUGUAUGUGACGGGUUUUGAUGCACGCGUGUAUACACAUACAGGGUGUCCGAAACUUCGCGACUUUGAUCUUACCGAGAGGUGCUUCGAGCAAUUCUGAGUUAAUCUUCCCGCAACGAAAGUGCCGAGGUAUCGAUAGUUUCCGAGAUGGAAGCGAUCGGGAAGAACGAGAUUUCCCGCAAAGCUCAAGCAAAUCAAAUGGGUGACAAAAAUCAUCUCCUUCGGUCAAUUUUAAGUGGGUUUAACUUUACCAGAAGUUUAUUUUGAGCCUAGGCUGGUAUUUCUAGUCGGAUAUUAUAUUUAGAAUUGUGUCAAGAUCACUUUUGGAUGCUCUAAAGCCAAAGAAACGCUCCCGUAGCGUCUGAAGAUGAACUUGAGACGAUCUCAAAUACAACAUCUGACUAUGAAUAUCGCUCUCAAUUACAAAGGUAUGUAUGGCGUCACGAAUAUUAACCUCCCUCAACAUUUCCGACGAGGAAAAAUUGUCCCCAAAUUGCUCCGAGAACCUCAAGGUAAGAUCGAGGUAUGGGACACCCGGUAUAUGCGCACACGUCACACACGGACGUUUUUCCCGAGAGGCAUUCUUCUUCUUCUUCUGAUACCGGUGAAUAUUCGUCAUCUAUGUAAUGUAAACCUAGGUAAUCUGUUUUAAUGUAAUUCUAUGUAAACGCAAUUAUCUAGAUGGAGUACUCGCGACGGGUCGUCGUCGCGGCGUCGAUCGUGAAUCUUGCUGUUCUCUUGUCGCGAUUUGAUACGAGAUCACCUCCAGUUACCGAACGAGACGAUAGUUUCCACUAUGUGCUAUGUGUUACUCUGUACACACACAUCUCUGUCUUUCUUUCUGUCUUUCUUACACGACGACACGACGGUUCGGCGACACUCGACACUUCGUGUGGCUUCCCCUCGAACGCGACGAUAAUCGCGAGAUUUUAAGAAUGCAUUUUAGACGCGAUCGACUUCGGAAGGAAAAGAGAAUCAACGCGAACACUCAGUCGACCCGCCGUAAAUCUCUCAUUUCUUACACUUGGCGUCUAAUUUUUUAUGUACACUCAGUUGCACGUGUACCUAGCCGUUCCUCAGAACGAGAGUUGAUAGAAUUUUCCUUCCGGACGCAUCCGUUCCCAGAUAGUCAUGCAUCGUGAUUGUUGAUUAGUCGAAGAGACGAUGUGUACUCGAACGGUGUCACCUUGACGUUUCCUUUGCAUUCGUAAGGAAAGUUAUUUAGUAUCUCAUAUGUUACAUAUAAUCGGUAGAAACAUCAUGUGAUUAAACCUGAUGUGUGCUUAGAAACGAUUGAAGAAGAUAACAAUACUUUAAAAAUUAAAUACAUUAAACAAUACAACAAAAACAUUAAAUAAUACAAAAAAAUACAUUAAAAAAAAGCCUUAAAAAACGCUCGACUUCAUUAUUAUUAGAUAGUUUAAUUUCCCAGUAAACACCAACUAACAAUAACAUUGCGUCAAUAUUAUAAUUUAUCUCUCAAUACUAGAACACCAAUACGACGACUGAGAAGGAAUAAAACGUGGGAUUCAAUGAAAAUGGGAUUUUUAAUUCGGUAAGCACUAAUCAAUAGUAGCAUUAUAUCAAUGUCAUUACUAUUCAACAAUUUACUAUGCAACACGUGUCGUAUUGCAUAUAAAUUGUUGAGCAAUAAAUGUUGACAUCGACGCUACUGUUAGUUCGUAUUUAUUGGGAAGUUGAAUCAUUCGAUAUAGUAAAGAAAUCAUGCAUAAUUUUUAAGGUAUUGUCCUCUUCAAUCGUUUCUGAACACACGUUGGAUUUGAUCGUAUCACCGUCCUGUCGAUUACUUUGAAUGAUAAUACUUAAAAGUAUAAUUCCUUAUGAGUGCAAACGAAACGUCAAGAUAUCGCAGCUGCUCGGAUACAUCGUUGCCGUCCCUUCGACCGAUCAAUAGUCACGAUGCUUAUCUAGGAAUACUUCCAGAAAAUAUUUAGUAACUCUCAAUCUAGAGAAACUAGGCACAUAUGUAACUGAGUGCACUUGGCGUCAUUGCUGUGCCGCUUGAACGAGGUAAUCAAGAGAGCCAAACGACGGCAAAGCAAAAAUACAAAUGAAUUAUAAAUGAUUCGCAUUUAAUCAAAAUCGAGCUCGAUCCGAGAUUCUCACGAUUUUUAUGAAAUCCCGCAUAAUCGGCGAUUUAUUUCGUUUUUUCUAAGAAUCGCUACAAGAUCACGAACCAUCCUCUCGAAGUUGAUCGUAUAUCCCGACGGUCUUUCCGAAUUUCUUACAUUUUAAACGUGCGAAAUUCUGCGAGUUCUCACGCGUUUCGGAGCGAUCUCGCAGCACCGGCGGAAUCAACUUUACCAUUCCAUAGCAUUCCACAAGAGCGAAGUGACGGCAGCAGCUCGUCGAAUUUGUAUCGAGUCUAACGAAGAUGCACCCGCGUUUCCGACGACGAACUGCUGGCUGCAAGAUCGAGGAGUUCUUUCGUACAAACGUCCGUUGCGCGAGAACCGAGCGCUUUCUUUCUUUUUAGAGACGAUGCAAGAACGCGGACGUAGCUUGUCACACUUGAUUGAUACACAAGCGAGCAGACACUCCGAUAUCGGUCGGGAGGACGAAGUUUUAUCGAUCGGUGUUUUAGGUGUUCACCUGUCCCGAUGAGAAGCGGCGGAUUACGCUGACGAGAAACACGUGUCGGUCUCGUCGCAAACGCGAUUGUCCCGCGCAUCGUGAGACUAGCUUUCUUCUACUUCUUUUUUCUUCUUCCGACACACACACACACACACACACUUAUACGAAUCGAUAUACGUAGAAUUUCUGUUGUGAUUACCAUCACGAUUUUAUUAUGUUCACUUGUAAAUUAAAUACCAGUUACAAAGGCUCUUUGUACAUAACGGCCGCAAUAAUGCUUUUGUUUUAUAUUACGUAUAAUAUAUAUACUAUUGUAUCAAAUAAAACUUGCUCUCUCUAUCGUUUUCUCUCUCCUCUCCACUUUUCCCCGGGCGGGGGGAUGACAAGAAGCAGAUGAUGACGCGAGACAUAUGAAAUUUUCUCGGAAUUCCCCCUUUCUCUCUCUCUCUUUCUCUCUCCGUACUCAGAGAUUUAUUCGACAUUCCCGAGACAACGGGGAACAUUCUCUUUUUUUCUUUUUCAAGCAUAUUGAUUUUCCACGAGUUCGGUUACAAAGCUUAACACGGUUGCCUACUUCUUAUCAUCCAGCACGUGGCCGAAAAUAUCCGCUUUUCAGUUCACGUCUCCCUUUCUCGCUCCCUCUCUCCCUCUCUCUUCGUAUCUCGGUGAAAACGGCGCGACGGGCACGCGGCGUCGUGGCCCUCGCGCGCACAUAGGUUUGUUUUCUAUUCCUGCACUGACUAUACCGGUUGAAGAAGUGUGUACUGAUGCGUUCUCUAUUCUAGCGGAAUUCAGCGCACGAGUUCACUGAACUGGCCGCCCGGAGUCUAAAACUGAUGCAAGGACCGUUUGAACGGUUACACUUUCAAGUGAGAAUGCACGGAACAUCAAGCGGCCUAUAUUGUUGCAUCGUUAAAUUACCGUGCUUUCACUCCGAUAUUCAAGAUACGCAUAGACGUGCCAAGUGAUAUAUACCUAAACAGUCGAAGUUUACAUUUUACCGCGCUUCUGUUUUCAAAGUUUACUCUUUAGUUCACCGCCCAGUUAUCAGAACAAAAGUUAGAUAGUAAAUAUGAAGUAGGAGCUUUCCGAGAAGUUGAGAAGA